AUGACGUACCUUGACGAUGAGUCAACUUCGGAAGCGUGCUUAGCGAUCGAGGAUGAGAGGACGAGUUCCAUAGCUCCUGCCUGCUCAGACGCUGAAGAAGUGGAGAAGCUUGUAAAGCAGGUGUACCAAACUGCCUCAGCCAGGGCAUACGUAGAAUUUCGACGCCAAGAAUACGUUAAGGGUUGGAAUUCGGCUAAAAAUAUGCCUAUCUGUGGUUUUGUUUCUGAUAAUAUUAUCGAUAGUCGGUAUAACUGCCUACAUAAUUUAUAUCAGACAUUCGUCAACGAUGUCCGGCUAUUUAAAGCUGUUAUCACCCGAUUUGCAAAUGAGUUAAGGAAAGAAGUGAAUAAAAUUUUCAAAAUUAUUUUUCGGGAAGAGGUAACAUCCGCUGUUGAUCGAAAUAAGUUGGAAGCUCGUCUAGAAUUAGAAAUACGAAAUAUCAAAGAAAAAAACAAAAAAUAUGCCGACUAUCUCGCAUCGCUCAGUGAGGACGAAAAGGAUAAGGAAGAAGAAGUAUAUGAAGAGUUUCUUAACAAGAACGAUAAUUUUUUGUCGAUGUUAAUGUCCGCGGAAGAACUCCAAGUCGAGUUGGAGUGGAAGUUUAGAGAGGAGUUCAAGAAGGAAUCCCUUAAGGAGGGUAACCAUAAUGUGCAACGGCUUCCCGACUUGUCAUUACCGACCUUCUCAGUUGCUGGAUUGGAUGUAGAAUACGACUAUCCGGGAUUUUUGGUGACCAAACCCGAGGUGGAAGUUGCAUACAUAAAGCCUCUCCCUACAAAUGAAUAUCUUGAAGGCAAUGCAUUAAGUAAAGAUUUUAGUUAUGAUCUCCCAGUGGAAGUCGCCCAAUCAUUCCUUGUCAAAGGAUAUGAAAAGAUCUCAGCAGUUCUUGAUGAAGAUUGGGACUCUUACGGGGUGCAUAUUGAUUUAACAUAG